AUGCGAGGCACCUGUGUUGUUAACCCCACCGACCUGUUCUGUUCUGUACCUGGUCGCUUAUCUCUACUCAGCUCCACUUCGAAGUACAAAGUGACCAUCGCAGAGGUGAAGAGGCGUCUUUCACCACCAGAGUGCCUCAACGCUUCCCUCUUAGGAGGUAUUUUGAGAAGAGCAAAAUCCAAGAAUGGUGGACGCUGCUUGCGAGAAAAAUUAGACAGACUGGGACUGAAUUUGCCUGCAGGAAGAAGAAAAGCAGCAAAUGUCACACUCUUGACUUCCUUGGUAGAAGGAGAAGCAUUACACUUGGCCAGAGAUUUUGGCUACACCUGUGAAACAGAGUUCCCCGCCAAGGCGGUAGGAGAGCACAUUGCCAGACAGCACAUGGAACAGAAAGAGCAGACAGCGAGGAAAAAGAUGAUCCUAGCAACAAAACAAAUCUGUAAAGAAUUCCAAGACCUCCUAAGUCAAGACAGAUCACCCCUCGGAUCCUCCAGACCGACUCCAAUACUAGACCUCGACAUCCAGAGACAUUUAACACAUUUCAG